AUGUCUUCACAUGACGAAUAUUCCUCAGAUGAGGAAGAUAUAAUUGACGAAAAGCAAACUUCACAAGUGUACUUGGGAUUCGUAGAUGCUCCAAUAUUAUCAAACGAAAAAGACCCAGAGGAUAACGAUGAGCCUACUAUAGAAGAUACAUUCAUCGGAGGUAAGCCAGUGUGGUUGCAUCCAGACUCGCAACCACAAGAUUCACAAAUUAAGUGUGAUAGCUGUGGUGGUAAAAUGGCUUUAUUAUCUCAGGUAUUUGCACCCUUUGAAGGCAAAUCAUACGACAGAGUCCUCUACAUAUUCGGGUGUCCUAAAACAUCCCAGUGUUCCAAGAAGAAGGGCUCCAUUAAAUGUAUAAGAGGUAUUUCUAAGGAUCCAAUCAAAAUGGCUCAAAUAGAAGCUGAAUCUGAAGAAGCUGCCAGAAAGGAAUUUGAUGAAAAAUUGCGUUUGGAUAAUACCAAAAAGUUACAAAUCGAGCUCACCAAGGACUUGUUCAAUAACUCGACCGAAAAUACCUCUGAAAAGUCCGAUAACCCAUUUGGAGCGUCCGCAAAUCCGUUCGGAGCUACAGCUAAUCCAUUCGACGCCGCAAUCAACCCAUUCAGCCAACCCAAGAAUAAAGAGGCCGAAGACACUAAAUCGCACCAACAGCUGACCAAGGAGUCGUUUGCUGAAGCCGCAUCCAAAAAUUUGCCAAAAUCACAUCCUAAGAAAGCGUCGUCAACUGUAGGCCAGUUGCCUUCUUAUCCGGGAUAUUUCGUGUAUGUAGAGCAAGAAAAAUUUAAAAAGGUCACCGUCGAGCCUGAAUUGGAAAAAUACAAGCAUUUGGUCGAUCUUGAUGAUGAAACUGAGUCCACAUCUCGCGCCGAAAAAAAGCAAUCGUCCUCGUCAUCACACAUGAACCCCCAAACUGCCAAAAUCUCUGAUAUGCUCGAUGACAAAUACUUCGAAGCAUUCACCAACACCACAAAACACAAUAGCUCCCAAGUUCUUCGAUACGAUCUCGGUGGUAAGCCUUUGCUCUAUUCGGGGCAGGACGAAAUUGCAGCAAAAUUCAAAGGCCGCGACACAAACUUUAAUAUUCCAAACCCGGGCUACAAUCCAUCGUCCAACCGCCAAUUCGAAUGCCAGCUUAUGCCGAAGGCUAUCUUGGAUUUGGAGAACGGGGACGACAAGUCUGCAUCUCUCACCGACAUAUUAAAUGGUAUGUCUUGGGGAACUAUUAUUGUAUGUACCGAUGCUGAGGACUACAUGCCUGCAGAUGCGUUCGAUGAAAAUCAUGUUGCAUACAUCGAUGAAUGGUGCGGUGUUCAAUGGGAAGAAAGUGUAUAG